ACAAUUCAUCGAGGCGUCUGUUCGGUUUGAGUGACUUCAAUGGCGUCCCUUACUAAAACUUUUUAGAUGGUUCCCUCAUCCUUUUCUCACACAUCUCUACUCUUCACUAGUGACUAGAGAGUAGACUGUGUUUACUGUUUUCCUGGCAAGUGGCAUAUUCAACUUCCAAAAGAACAGAAAUUUACCGAGAAAAAUAAUGAGAUAAAAGAAUAUCAUUUUAAAAAUGUUUACAACUAACAACGUUCAAGCGGGCACAGUGCCCACUCUACAGUACCAAGAACAUCCUCAGAAGUCACAAGGGAAGAACAUAGAAAACGUACAACAAAAGAAUGCUCAUCAAUCACAGGCACAACAGGAAUUUCCAACAUUUUGUUAUACAACAAAUGUGAAUAUGAUUGGUAAAAUUGGAACUGCGAACACUAGUCAAACAGGGGGUGUGAACAUAACGCAACUGACUACAAGCGAUGACAAGACAUGCUAUAUAGCACAACCGUUCUCAUAUAAUUAUGCACUUGUUAAUCAAAUGCAAAUAGCUCCUAAUGGAAUACAAAAUACAAUAUCAAACAUUAGUUUCAAAUGUGAUGUUUGUGGACUUAUGUUUGGUCAUCUAACUUUACUGACAGCUCAUAAAAGGAUUCAUACUCAAGAUACAGAUAACAAUAUUACAGUGGUAGCAACAGCUGGAAAUGAUGUUACAAUGCCUUCACAUAUACAAAUAUUGUCAUCAGACCCAAAUGAACAACAAAAUCAACAACACCAUGUACAAAUACAAGACACCAAGCCUUUACUAGACAAAAUUCAGAAAUGCAUAUCAUGUGGUGGAACAAUACAGAACAAUCCAAAAAGAAAGGGGCCCAAGUUAAUAAGAUGUGAAACCUGUAUAGCACAAGACUCUGUUGAUCAACAUAGACCAAAUCAAAUGAUUCCGGCACAAAUUUUCGUUGGAGAAGAGAAUGUGAAGUAUGAAGUUAGUGGUGUGAACUCUAAUGCACCUUCAACAGAUCCACUUUCGACCACUCAAACAGCUCAACCUGUGCAACAACAACAACAACAGCAGCAGCAACAGCAGCAAAAACCAUUGCCAGGUCACCAUCCUGUGAAAAAAAGAAAUUUGUCAUCUGUAACAAAAUGUCAGAAUUGCAAUGGUUCUGGUAUUAUAUUUGUCGGCGGAAACAAAAAUAAGUUGAAUCAGCCAAGUGCAGAUAAACCUUUCCAUUGUAACAUUUGUGGGGGCUCAUUUUCGAGAUAUUCUUCGUUGUGGUCCCACAAGAAAUUACAUUCUGGUGAGAAGAAUUUUAAAUGCGGUAUUUGUGGCAUAGCUUUCGCAAAAGCUGUUUACCUUAAAAACCAUUCAAGAAUACACACUGGAGAGAAACCUUACCGGUGUAAAACUUGUGGAAUGCAGUUUUCACAAUCUCCUCAUCUAAAAAACCAUGAAAGAACACAUUCUGGAGAAAAACCCUAUGUUUGUGAGGUUUGCGACAAAGGCUUUGCGCGACACGCAACGCUCUGGAACCAUCGACGCAUACACACUGGAGAGAAACCAUACAAAUGUGAAACUUGCGGAUCAGCAUUCAGCCAAGCUGCUCACUUAAAGAAUCACGCGAAAGUACAUUCAGGAGAGAAACCUUUCAAAUGUGAUAUUUGUACGGCAGCCUUCGCGGAUCGGUUUGCCUUGAAGAGACAUAGAGGAAUACAUGAUAAAUACGGUCAAACUGCGCCUUUACCUUCGAGUAUACAUUUAGAUCGGCAACAAAAUCAAACUCUUCAGCCAUCUCAGCAAUCCAACAACGAACAAAGCACAACACAAACCAGUGUUGAAGUAGUCGUGACGCCACAGGGAACGACAACUGUCAGCAUAGGGAAUUGAAAUGUAAAGUAAUAUAAUGACUGAGUAAUUAAUUUCACACAAGUUUUACGACUGAAAAUAUUUGAAAAAUAUACCCCACCCACAUAACAACGUACAUCAUGGAACUGCUUUAAGAUAUUGACAGUUUGACACAGGAAAUUUUUAAAGUUGUUAAAUGGUGAGACCUUAAUGUCUGCAUUUAAUUCAAUACAAAUCAACUUAUACUAUGAGUUUUCAGUUUAGUAACUGAGUGAGGGCUUAUUAGCAAUAAUUUGCAGUUAACACAGUACUCCAUUUAGUUUUUUUUUAAACAUUUACUUCGACAUGUUGAUCGAAUAAAAU